GGAGCAGAUGACGACACACAUAAUGGAGGAGCAGCUUCUCUAGCCUACUAGUUAGUUUAUUCAACAGUUUGUUUAUUUAACAGUUGUUGUUGUUUACUCUCCUGCUGCAGAGCGGAGCUGGGAUGCUGCUGCAGGAUGGGAAACCUGUUUGGAAAAAAGAAAACGACCCGAGUGACAGAACAAGACCGAGCGGUGCUGCAACUGAAACAGCAGAGAGAUAAGCUGAGGCAGUAUCAGAAGAGGAUCAACCUGCAGCUGGAGAAGGAGAGGCUGUUAGCCAAGCAGCUGCUGAAAAAUGGCAAAAAAGACAAAGCGCUCCUCUUGCUGAAAAAGAAGCGCUACCAGGAUCAGCUUCUGGACAAGACGGAGAACCAGAUCGGGAACCUGGAGCGGAUGGUCCAAGACCUGGAGUUCGCCCAGAUUGAAACGAAGGUCAUUCAAGGGUUAAAGGUUGGAAAUGAAUGCCUGAAAAAAAUGCACGAGGUGAUGUCUGUGGAAGAAGUAGAACGGAUUAUGGAUGAAACCCAAGAUGCAAUCGAGUACCAAAGGCAAAUAGACGAGAUGCUGGCCGGCUCUUUAACAGAAGAAGAUGAAGAUGCUGUCCUGGCUGAGCUGGAGGCCAUCACGCAGGGAGAUGUUGAGCUCCCAGAGGUUCCUGCAGACGAGCUUCCAGAAGUCCCCGAGGCUGCAGAGGAGAAACCAGAGAGGGAGCGUCCCCGGAAGAAGGCGGAGCGGGAGAUGCUCGCCGCCUAGGAAUCAGACCGACCUCCAUCAGCUGGACCUUCUAGUACCACAUCAACCUCCAAACACACAGACAUUUACUGGAGAACCCUCUCUCUCUCUAUCUAUCUAUCUAUCUAUCUAUCUAUCUAUCUCUAUCUCUAUCUAUCCAUCAGAGGUUUCUAAUGACGUAACAGCAGCCUCUCUCAGACUCUGGGUUUCCUCCAUGUCAGACCGGGGCCGGGGUCGGGGUCCCUGCAGCGGGGCCGGGGUCCCUGCAGCGGGGCCGGGGUCCCUGCAGCGGGGCCCCGAGAUGCUGUGAGAUCACAUAACUGUGCCUACCUUUGCUUUAUUACUAAAUCAUUUACAUUGACUUUACUUAAAUGUAGUGAGUGUUCGGACAGCGAAGCCUUGUGAAGCAUUUUCAUUUUCACGGAGCCCAAGAGAUGGCGCUCUUUGUUCAACAACCAUUCAAUCACCAUUGAUGAAGCCUUUUUAAAAAAAAACCCAUUUAGGUCUAAAACACCUGGAAAAAAUGCCUGUAAAACCUUUACUGAUUUUGGAAUAACCCCCUAAAACCUGAAGUUUUUUUUAGUAAUUUUUUGGUA